AGUCAGUGCCGAGCUCCCUUCUGCAGCCGGGACCCGGCCGAGCCGCCUCGCUGUCUCCCGGCACCGCGCUCUCCCACCGGGCGCCUAUGGGCAUCUGCAGCGAGCGAGGGCUUCGCACCACCGCCAGCGGCAGCGCCAGCGGGCGAGGACCGCGACCCCGCUCCACUCCGCCUUUGGACCUAUAGCCGGCAGUACGGAGCGCGCUGCGGACCCUUCCUCGCCUCACCGCAGGAUGAUUUGGAAAUUCGCCGUGUCCGUCUUUUUGAUGGCAGCACUGGCUAGAGUAGCAGACAGCAGGAAGAACCGCCCGGCGGGAGCGAUCCCGUCCCCGUACAAGGACAGCAGCAGCAACAACUCGGAGCGGAGGCAGCAGCUGAACAAGGAGGUGCUGGCCUCCAGCCAGGAGGCCCUCGUGGUCACCGAACGGAAGUACCUCAAGAGCGACUGGUGCAAGACGCAGCCCUUGCGGCAGACUGUCAGCGAGGAGGGCUGCAUAAGCCGCACCAUCAUCAACCGCUUCUGCUAUGGGCAGUGCAACUCCUUCUACAUACCGCGGCACGUGAAGAAGGAGGAGGAGUCCUUCCAGUCCUGCGCUUUCUGCAAGCCACACAAGGUGACCUCCUCCACUGUGCAGCUGGAGUGCCCCGAGCUGGACCCGCCGUUCCGACUCAAGAAAGUUCAAAAGGUGAAGCAGUGCCGGUGCAUGUCUGUGAAUCUGAACAACUCGGGCAAGAUGUGAGAACAGCCGUGUGGCUGCUGCUUGGUGUUGUCCUGUUGUCCCCAUCAGACUUCCCGCUGCAUCUCCUCUCCAUUGGGCAAACUACCUAUUUGCCUUGGUUUUUCUUUUUUUUCCCUGUUUAUUUCAGGAGGCAUCUCUCAGCAAGGAAAGGCUCCUUGUCACAUGCCUACUGGAAUAAAGCUUUUUAAUGGGCUCUGUUACGCACUUCACCAUCAGGUUUGUUUUAUGUCCAGUAUCAUCUGACAGUUGAAUCUUACAGGGUGGAGCAGGCUCCCUGAAGCUGAGACUGUGCAUCUAAGUGACCAGUUGGCUGAAUGCAGCAUUAAAUGUUUCCACUGUGUGGAGUAAAGCCGUCUGCCCUACACUCCAGUCCCCUCCACCAGAUGAGAUGCCUUCCUGCUGUGCUGUUCCGGAGCUCGCUGCUGUCGCCGCGAUGUGCUGGUUUCUGCCCAAAUCUGGGUGAUGCAGACCAGGGAGAGCUACAAAGAGUAACACACGAAAAGAGACUCUCUGAUGAGGCUCAGCUUCUUGAGGCACCUCUAAUUGUGCAAUGACAAACUGUUCUGGGCUUGUGGUCUGAACUGCAGAUAAGAACUGAAGGGGAGAGGGUGAAACGUCAGUCAGCCGCUGUGAUCACAGCAGCAGACUGAAGAAGGAUUCUUAAGCUGUUGUGGCUGG